UACCAUUUCAAUAACACGAAUAGUUAUUGGUUGGCCAGAAGGGAAUACAGCCAAUCACAUACGAGUUCACAGAAAUAUCGCAAAAGCCGGAUCCAGAUGAAAAGAAACAUAGAAAUACACUGUUCAGAUGAAUUGAAGGCAAUUCAAAAAAGACUUGAAGAUAUAAGGAAGCGAUUCCAACCAUCAGAAAAUACAUGUCAACUUUCUACACCCCCAAAAAGGGAAACUUUGCGUAAGAGUGCCCGUGAAUCAAGAAACAUGUCAGCAGAGCAAACAGAGGAUUUGAAGGCAUUUGAAAGAAGACUAACAGAAGUAAUUGACAAACUGCAACCUACAGCAAGGCUAUGGAGAAUGGUACUCAUUGUUAUCUCUGUGUGUACAGCUGUAGGAGCCUGGACCUGGCUCUGGGACUCCCAAACAAAACAGAUCUCACUCACUCAAUCCCUGAUGAACCAUCCAUUUUUCACCAUCAGCUGUUUUUUCCUCAUUCUCCUGUUUCUUUGUGGAAUCCAUAAAAGAGUUGUUGCACCCUCAAUUAUUGGAUCUAGGUGUCGACAAGUUUUAACAGACUUCAAUAUGUCAUGUGAUGAGACGGGCAAAUUAAUUCUAAAACCUCGACACAUAUAGCAUCAACAUAUGGCAUAACCAGUCUCCCACUCAUUGUGAAUACAGCAUCCUUCCAUACUGUUGUGUAGAUUUAUCUGCAUAGCAAUGCAGUUAAUAAAACAAUGCAUUAUU